AUGAGCGAAGAGCCACUCGUGAUUUAUACCGCCAAGAUAUGUCCCUUCUCUCAAAGAGUAAGGAUCGCUCUUGAGGAAGCUGGUGCCACAUACACCAACUACGAAAUUGAUCUAAACCAUAAGCCUGAUUGGUACGUCACCAAGGUGAACCCCGCCAGCAAAGUUCCAGCAAUCGCAUAUGGCGGGCCCGCAGCCUCUCCGGACUCUCCGUCUGAUCAAUCGAUCAAGCUUGCCGAGUCUGCCGUUCUCGUCGAACUUGUUGCGGACUUGUACCCCGAAGCGAAGCUCAUGCCGUCUAGCCCUAUCGAGCGGCUCAAGCCCGGUUCUUUGUCGAAUUUGUGGGGUGCAAGCUCUUGCCUGCCUUUUUCGCAUUUGUUUUCAAGGGAGCGGAAUAGUGUAUUCUUUGGUGGCGAAAAGCCAAACAUCGCAGAUAUUUCGAUUGCGCCAUUCCUGGCUCGUAUUCGACUCCAGCUCAAGCACGAUCUUGGAGUUUUCCCCGAAGGCGAGGGCUUGAAGCUCUACGAGGAAGUCUUUGAGGGCGAACAGUUCCGUAUUUUAAGGGAAUAUACCAAUGCUCUGCUUGCGAGAGAAAGCUUCAAGAAGACUUUUGAUGAGGUUGGUUUGCUGGCCAAAUACAAGGAGCGUAUAGGACACAUUCGCCGUGCCAAGUCUGUAUCCCCGCCACCAUCUCAAGCAGGAAGCACACCGCCUGCCAUCCCUACCGUUAACGGUUCAAGCCAUGACGGCAACUACUGUCACGACACAUGCAUACGUGCAUUCGCAUUCGCAUCCACACUCGCAUUCGCAUUCGGGUGGGCGCCAGCCAACGACCGAACCAGAAGUAUACUGAUCACUGGGGGCUCCAAUGGAGUCGGCGGCCGAAGUUAUCACGGGCCCGGGAUCGCACGGCACCAACGACUUCACCAUACCCGUAGCGCCCGGUUUGCAACCAACCCAGCUGCACAGAUUCCUCUCGAACGUAUCGAACAGUAUUCCCGCUUUCGGUCUACGCCAAGUGUCAACCAAUUGCAGGCUGCCCAGAGAAGCAAUAACCAACUUGAGCUGCGGCCACUCACCACACGUGCCGAGGGCUCCAACUCUAUCUCCAGUGGAAGCGAUAUCCCUACUUCCCAACACCAACGACCAAGCAAUAUGACUGCAACCAAAUCCGCCCCUCAGCUUUUGACAGCCGAGCGAAGGAUGGCGGGCGCUAUUGAAGGCACUCCACAGAGCUCGAACAGCAGUAGGCGCUUGUCAUUUACAUUGACACGAACCGGUACGCGACACUCCGACCGGACGGGCCGCCGGCUUAGUACGACGUCUAGUCAUGCAACGACCCACUCAUGGCACGGGAGUUCUGGGAUACUGGCUAAUUUGCCGACUCCCGGAAUGCUGGCCAGUCUCGCUGGCGGUGCACAUUAUACCGGGAAUCCCAAAUACUCUAAACAGGAGGCUGUGAGGGCUAGUUUCGGAUCGAAGAAUGUGAUAUUGGAGGGUAAACGAAAACAGACUGUGGAGGACGUGCUGGAACUCUUUUGCGCUCAUCCUUCAUUGGAGAUAUUUGAUAGAUCAUGGCAUCCGAAUGCAGUAUUCGAGGACCCAUUGACUAAAUGUGUUGGGUAUAAAGAGUAUGCUGCGCAGUGGUAUGGGCUGCCCAGGAUAGCCGCUCGAUCAACGACCCUCGAGUAUCGCGUACUGUCUUCAACCCAUUACCCACACAAGAUAGUAUUUGAUCAGACACAGCAAUAUACGCUCCGGUAUAUCAAAAGAAAGAAGACGAUUCAUUCACUCAUCGUUCUUGAACUCGAUGAGGACGGAAAGAUUAUCAAGAUGGAGGAUAGGUGGAAUGGAGAAGAGCCGCCCCGGAACUGGGGAGCUAUUUGGUUACGCCGCCUAAAUGGAAAGACUGCACCAUUCUUUGUCCGAGUACCUCGUCGUACACCAGAGCGCACACCAACCCCGUAUAACCCUAUUCAAGUUUGA